AAUUAAAGACUAACAAUUCAACUGAAACGAUGUUUUCUAAACUUUAACUUGUGGGAUAGAAAUAAAAAGUGCUCAAAUGUUAUUUUUUCCACUAAAUUGUUUUCCAUAUUUAAUCCUCCUAGAUUAUCUUGCCGCUAUCUAAACUAAUUUAAAUAAUCACUAUUUACUAACUAAUUUAUUCACGUCUCAAAGCUGUUGAGUCCUUACCCAUAGUGGCUGCCAUAAACAAAUUCCAGGCAGAGUAUCUUAUAGUUGGUUAUAAGAUACCAGGAAACAGAAUUUCAAAUCAUGGCUGCCCAUGUUGGGAGAUCAAAACAGAAAGUUGUUAAAUGAGGAAUACCCCACUUUAUAAUGACCCGGCUUAUUUUCUCAGGGUAUGUUCUUUCAGUAGUGAGACGUUUCUCUCCUCCCCCUCUUCCUUCCCCUUUGAUGUCUUGGUUGUGGUGUUUCUCUUGUCCUUGUUUCAUCCAGCCAGGCACGCACCCAUCCCACACUCCUGUGCCAAAUACAAAGCGAGGCCGUGAGGACCCACGGGCGUUUCCCCUGUCUGAACGUAGUUCUUAGCGUAUACUGGCGAAGUCAAAAUUCUCUAAAUCUGUGACUGCCCGCCACUGCUAUCAAGUUGAUUCCUUCCAUUCACACUUCAACAUGCAUUUCACUGUGAUCCUGGACAAGGGAAGAAAAGCCACUGUCCAGAUAGAGUUUCAAACAGUCUAGCUUUCUUUAACCCAGUGGUAACGCGCUUCUGGUCUUUUCCUUGGUACUUCCUCACCGUGUCUGUCCCAGUUUCACUAGCACCUUGGGAGGGGGGCGGCUCUCGUAGCCACCUGAUCUGAGGUAGUCAGCCUGCAGUUACCCUCCCAUCAACCCUUUUGAUUGUCAUUGCGGCUUUUGCCUCUGUUGCUUUAUUUGCAUGUUUAAUCCCUGCCUUUCUUCCGGGAAAUCUGCUGGUUUGCCUUUGAAUCCUAAGCAGCGCUUGUCACACAACUGGCGUUCAUUAAACAUCGAUCAAUGAAUGAGUAGGUCCCUAGCUGACUACUCCUGUUUGCGCUACUACAGAUACUGAUUCAUUCUUGUAGAGAAGUUUUCACUUCUCCCAUGCAUGCAGAUAAACCAGAAUUUUAAACCAAAUCUUAAAGACAGUUUGGAAACGUAAGCAACAUCUGGUAGGGCAACGAUUUUGGCAUCUACACGAAGCUUUUUCUGUAAAGCAGGCUGGUCGCUGGCCUCGUCAUCAGCACCGCUGGAAAAUGCUUGCCUGUCUUUGUUGGUUUGUUCAAAGCACUGGGAACAUCUGGCCCUGAUGUCUUCAUAACUUCGGGAGUUAGGCGUGCGAGCGAAAAUGCCCCACGAAAGGGAAGGCAGUCCGUCCAAGGAGAGAACAGUGUCGUUCUAAGAAGGAUGCUAGUUUCUUCGAGCGUUGCCGAGACGUUCCUUCCUCGAAAGUCCUGCUGCUGUGACCGAGCCGGCAGCCGCUCCGUCCCGCCCCUCGCGCGCCCGGCUCCGCCUCGUUUCCGCGGAUCCUCCUCCGCGAAGUUGUGGCUCCAGGCCGGCUUCGGCUGCGCUCGAGAGCGUCACCCCAUCCUUUAAAGGUGGGACCGUGACGAGGGCGCGGGGGAAGCAGGCGGGAGCCGAGGGCCGCGGAGUCCGGUUGGCAUAGUAACUCCCCGCCGGCCGCCCGCGCUCCGCGCGCCCGAGGGCCCUCCGCGCCCGGCAGGGGCCCGGGGCACCGACAACAGACUAACUCACCGGCGGCAGACAGUUCUUCGUGAGAAGGGGAGAAGAUUAGCUAAUCGAGGGCCAGCAUACAUGUUUAAUGAUCACGCAACGAGCCUCUCCAUCGAGGAAGAACGCUUUUUAGAUGCAGCUGAAUAUGGCAACAUCCCGGUGGUGCGGAAAAUGUUAGAAGAAUGCGUCUCCCUCAAUGUGAACUGUGUGGAUUACAUGGGCCAGAACGCCCUGCAACUGGCAGUGGCCAACGAGCACCUGGAAAUUACAGAGCUUCUCCUCAAGAAAGAAAACCUUUCUCGGGUUGGGGAUGCGUUGCUUCUCGCUAUUAGUAAAGGUUAUGUCCGGAUUGUGGAAGCAAUUCUCAGUCACCCAGCUUUCGCUGAAGGUAAAAGGUUAGCCACAAGCCCGAGCCAGUCGGAACUCCAGCAGGAUGAUUUCUACGCCUAUGAUGAGGAUGGGACCCGGUUCUCUCACGAUGUGACUCCGGUCAUUCUGGCUGCCCACUGCCAAGAAUAUGAAAUUGUUCACACUCUGCUGCGGAAGGGUGCACGGAUUGAACGGCCUCACGAUUAUUUCUGCAAGUGCGGUGAAUGUAACCAGAAACAAAAGCACGACUCCUUCAGUCACUCCAGGUCUCGGAUUAAUGCCUACAAGGGCCUGGCAAGUCCAGCUUACCUCUCACUGUCUAGUGAAGAUCCCGUCAUGACAGCGUUAGAACUUAGCAAUGAGUUGGCUGUGCUGGCCAACAUCGAGAAAGAAUUCAAGAAUGACUACAAAAAGCUGUCCAUGCAGUGCAAAGAUUUUGUGGUUGGACUCCUUGACCUAUGCAGAAACACGGAGGAAGUCGAGGCCAUUCUGAACGGGGAUGUUGAGACGUGCCAGCCGGGUGAUCAGGGCCGUCCAAACCUCAGCCGUUUAAAGCUUGCCAUUAAAUAUGAAGUAAAAAAAUUCGUAGCUCAUCCAAACUGCCAGCAGCAGCUUCUGUCCAUCUGGUAUGAGAACCUUUCUGGCUUACGGCAGCAGACAAUGGCUGUCAAAUUUCUCGUGGUCCUUGGCGUGGCCGUUGGACUGCCCUUCCUGGCUCUGAUUUACUGGUGUGCUCCAUGCAGCAAGAUGGGGAAGAUAAUGCGUGGACCAUUCAUGAAGUUUGUAGCACACGCAGCCUCCUUCACCAUUUUCCUGGGACUUCUAGUCAUGAACGCAGCUGACAGAUUUGAAGGCACUAACCUCCGUCCUAAUGAAACCAGCACAGAUAAUGCAAAACAGCUGUUCAGGAUGAAAACAUCCUGCUUCUCAUGGAUGGAGAUGCUCAUUAUAUCCUGGGUAAUAGGCAUGAUAUGGGCUGAAUGUAAAGAGAUUUGGACUCAAGGCCCUAAAGAAUACCUAUUUGAGCUGUGGAAUAUGCUUGAUUUUGGCAUGCUAGCAAUCUUCGCAGCCUCGUUCAUCGCGAGGUUCAUGGCGUUUUGGCAUGCGUCCAAAGCUCAGAGCAUCAUCGAUGCAAACGAUACUCUGAAAGACUUGACGAAAGUCACUCUGGGAGAUGACGUGAAAUACUACAAUUUGGCCAGGAUAAAAUGGGACCCUUCUGAUCCUCAAAUUAUCUCUGAAGGUCUUUAUGCAAUUGCUGUAGUUUUAAGUUUCUCCAGAAUAGCUUACAUUUUGCCAGCAAAUGAAAGCUUUGGACCUCUGCAGAUAUCGCUUGGAAGAACAGUAAAAGAUAUCUUCAAGUUCAUGGUCAUAUUCAUCAUGGUGUUUGUGGCCUUUAUGAUUGGAAUGUUCAACCUCUACUCCUACUACAUUGGUGCAAAACAAAAUGAAGCCUUCACAACAGUUGAGGAGAGCUUUAAGACACUGUUCUGGGCCAUUUUUGGACUUUCUGAAGUGAAAUCGGUGGUCAUCAACUAUAAUCAUAAAUUCAUCGAAAACAUCGGCUAUGUUCUUUACGGAGUCUAUAACGUUACAAUGGUCAUUGUUUUGUUAAAUAUGCUAAUUGCAAUGAUCAACAGUUCAUUCCAGGAGAUUGAGGAUGAUGCUGAUGUGGAAUGGAAAUUUGCAAGGGCCAAGCUUUGGUUUUCUUACUUCGAAGAGGGGAGAACACUUCCUGUUCCCUUCAACCUCGUGCCGAGCCCCAAGUCCCUGCUGUAUCUCCUACUGAAAUUUAAAAGAUGGAUUUCUGAGCUGUUCCAAGGUCAUCAAAAAGGUUUCCAGGAAGAUGCAGAGAUGAAUAAGAGAAAUGAAGAAAAGAAAUUUGGAAUUUUAGGAAGUCAUGAAGACCUUUCAAAAUUAUCAGUUGACAAAAAACAGCUUGGGCAAAAUAAACAAUCAAGCAUAAGAAGCUCAGAAGAUUUCCAUUUAAAUAGUUUCAGUAAUCCUCCAAGACAAUAUCAGAAAAUAAUGAAGAGGCUCAUUAAAAGAUAUGUACUGCAGGCCCAGAUAGAUAAAGAGAGUGACGAAGUGAAUGAAGGGGAACUAAAGGAAAUUAAGCAGGACAUCUCAAGUCUCCGCUAUGAACUCCUAGAAGAAAAAUCUCAGAAUACAGAAGACCUCGCAGAACUUAUUAGAAAACUUGGAGAGAAACUAUCCUCAGAACCAAAGCAAGAAGAAAACAAUAGAUAGUGAAAAGAUUUCCUUAGAAGUUCAUAUUUAUUUGUCCACUUGAAGCCAUAUUAUUUUCUGAUUUUUUAAGCUGCAAAGGAUGAAAAGGUUAAAUGAUAAUUUGGGUUACACUAUCACCUGGAACCCUAAUAUCUAAUAUUUUGGUGAUUAAAUAUCAUUAUUUAGUCUAAAGGUUGUGGAUUCUGAUGAAAAUUUUGUCCAGUUGUUUAGUACUUGUUUUAUAAGCUGCUUUUUGGGGAGUCAUAUUGUGAUGAUCUGACUGUCAGGUAGUAUCUGCCUGGGAAUGGGUCUCAGAUGGCAAGGAUCUGUUGGUCCACAUUAUUCCCUAUGUGACUUUUCCUCCAAAGGAAGAUUCAGGCAUCUCCCUGCCUGCUUGGUGUAUCCCCUGUGGGUGACUUCCAGCCCUAAGAUAUGGGGGAAAUAAUCUAUGGUCAUUUGAAAGAUUGCUGUUUAGCCCCAAAGAAUAGGAUUGAUAUUAUUUGUGCGAUAGUGGGCUUACACCUAUAUUAAACUUCUUGAUUCAUCUCUAUGAAAACAUUACACUUAACCAUGAAAAGAUGUUUCCUCCACUUAACCUUGGAAAUAUGGUCCAGUUGUGUGUGUGUGUGUAUGUGUGUGUGAAUGUGUGUGUACAUACACAUAAAAUGCUUGCUCUAUUUAUUCUGCAGCUAAUGUGAACACUCAAAAGCUCUUUAUGUUAUAUUUCUGUGACUGAAAGAUUAACAUCCAAAUGAAAAGCUUUUCUAGGAAAAGUAUCAAAGUCACAAACAAUGUAGCUAUUUAGUUUAAUUAUAGCACAGUUUUGUGCCAUUUCUGAGGGCAUUUACAGGAGAAUUUUCAUAUUUAGUCACUGAAUGUAAAGAGGGGGGAAAGUGCUGUGGGGAUUUGCAUCUACCUGUUAUUCUCAGUAUGUUCUCCUCUCUUCCCCAAAUAUAUAAAACGGGAAUUUCCAUCCACAUGCAUUCACCAAGAGGUUGUUGUUCUUAUUUACUACUGAUGUGGACAAUGUCUUAAACAACUAAAUAAGAGAAUGGAAGUCCGUCUGUUUAUCCAAAAACUACUGAUAUUCAGAUGAGACCAGGCACCAGCCCAAAAUGCUGUGGUACAUUCAGGAAAGGGAAGCCCCAAAUGCGAAUCUUUAACUUCAUUUCAAAAAUGAAAUAGUCACAGAAAAUAUGUUUCAUUCCAGCUUUGCCUUAAUUUAAAUUAAAGAACUUUUAUGUAACGGGAUUAGAAAAUAUAGGUGAAAGUUCUUAUGCAGUUUAUAUUGAUCCGUGUUACUUUUAAAGAAGAUACCUAGUGAUACAAAGAUCCAUCUUCAGAGAUUGACAGUUUUAGAAUCAGCAGUUGCGAGAAAUCAGUCUCACACAAGACGCGCCGUCAUCAAAUUAAAACAACCCAACAUCCAUAGCAUUUUUCUGUCGAAUGGCAUAAGAGAUUGACCUCCAUGCCGAAGACUGUGGUGUGACAGCGCAUGACCUGACUCCUGAAGACUCUGAACAGAUAUUCAGGUUUUUCUGUAUCUUUUCAGUUGGAUUGAUGUGAUAAUAUAGAAGUCUGGGGAAAUAAUAAGCAUAGCUGUGGAUUCCUCAGUAAGAAGUACUCCUUUCC